AAUACCCUCCAUAGGUUUCCUCCUUCAGCCUCGUCGAAGGACCGUGUCAGAUCUUUUAAUUGGGCUUUUCCCUCUUCCCCCAACCCCAUUUUUCCUUCAGACUUGUGCAUCCCAGCUCAGCUCAUCACAAUUAAUUGUGGAGUAAUGCCCCUGGAGCUUUGUUGAACUGUGUUAAAUUUGUCACAGAGGUGACAAGCUUCUCAUACUUGGCUUCCAAAAAUAUAGAUUUCGAAGAAAUUUCUCUCCGGAGCUCUUUCGAGGCUGGCAUAAGAGGCAGUGUGGGCUUCAGAGGCACGAGAAGAAAGUUAGAAGGGAGGGAUAGGGAAGGUUGUGAAAAGAUGCCCCAGCGCACAACCGAAUGGUCAUAAGAACUCUCGGGAAUUGAACAGGCUGUUUGACCUGGCUGUUGUUGCAGUUUGCUCUUCCCCAAACUCAAGAUUAUGUUGCUUGUAUUUUUUGCUCUUUUGCCAGUGGUUUUGCAAGUGGCUUUUGUCAGUCUCUCAGGAUUACAGCACUGGAACUGUCCUGGGAGCGAUGGAUCGGGAAUUGGAAAUUCCACUUGUGUGGGUCUGGCACCAUUCUUAAUUUUCAGUCACGGAAAUGCCAUCUUUAGGAUCGAUCCAGAGGGGACCAAUCAUAAACAAUUGGUAGCAGACGCUGGGAGCUCCGUCUUGAUGGAUUUUUAUUAUAAAGAGGAAAGACUCUAUUGGGUGGACUUGGAAAGAGAGAUUCUGCACAGCGUUUCCCUGAAUGGCCUGAGGCAAGAGAGAUUGAGCAGUGUAGAAAAAGGAGUUUCGGGAAUGGCAAUAAACUGGAUAAGUGAAGAAAUUAUUUGGGCCAAUCGACAAAAAGGAACCAUUGAAAUAACGGAUACCAAAGGAAACAAUUCUCGUGUCCUUUUAAGAGACUUAGAUUGUCCCACCAGGAUUGUUGUGGAUCCAGCAAAAAGGUUAAUAUUUUGGUCUUCGAACAGUAGUGUUUGCGGCAUUCACAGAACAUCUCUGGAUGAAGCAGAUGUGAAGACUCUUUUCCAGACCUCAGAAAGAAUAAGUGCUCUCUCACUGGAUAUGACUGAUCAGCGACUCUUUUGGAUUCAGUCCCAAAAUAAAGGAGGUUCUUCUUACAUUGGGUCAUGCGAUUAUGAUGGUGGUCCGGUCCAGAUAGUGAAACGCUCUAUACGGCGAAAUUUUUUUGGAUUAUCCCUGUUUGCCCAGGACAUUUACUAUUCAGACUGGAAACAAAGUGCCAUCCAGAGAGCCAAUAAAUAUACAGGGAUGGAUAGAGUUAAAAUUAAUCUGAAGCUUUCAUUUCUACCACCUGCUGAAAUAAAAGUAGUGCAUCCCUCUAUACAACAAGUGACAAAGAAUGAUACAUGGGAUCUUGAACACGAACCGUGUAACUUGAGCAAAGGAAACUGCAGUAACAGUAUUUGUGAGGAGGACUCCAACUCCCCUCACUGCCAUUGUGCAGAUGGAUAUGUUUUGAGCCAAGACGGGAGGUACUGUGAAGAUAUCAAUGAAUGUGGCUUUUGGAAUCAUGGAUGUACUUUGGGCUGUGAAAACAUCCCUGGAUCCUAUUACUGUACUUGUCCUAGAGGAUUUAUUCUGCUUCCUGAUGGGAAAAAUUGUCAUGAACUCAUUUUCUGUGAAAGCAAUUACACGGAGUGCAGCCAUGGUUGUGUUUUGACUUCAGAAGGUCCCAGGUGUUUUUGCCCUGAAGGUUCAGUGCUGGAGAGAGAUGGGAGAACCUGCAGUGGUUGUACAUCACCCAAUAAUGGUGACUGUAGUCAGAUUUGCAAGUCCUUAAGUCCAGUGACCUGGGAGUGUGGUUGUUUUCAUGGCUACGAGCUACAGAAGGAUGGAAAGGGAUGCACAGCUACAGGACCUGCUCCAUUUUUGCUGUUUGCAAAUAGUCAAGAUGUCCGACGCAUCAAUUUUGAUGGGACGGAUUAUGGGAGCUUGCUUGACUGGCAGAUGGGAGUGGUCUUAGCCCUGGAUCAUGAUCCAGUCGAAAAUAAGAUCUACUUUGCCCACACUGUACUGAAGUGGAUAGAGAGAGCUAAUAUGGAUGGCUCAGAGCGGGAAAGAAUUAUUCACGAAGCAAUAGAUUUUCCAGAAAGUCUUUCUGUGGAUUGGAUUGGCCGCAAACUCUACUGGACUGAUGGAGGGAAAUCUCACAUUGAAAGGAGCGAUCUGAAUGGACUUCACAGAGAAACGAUCAUUGCUGUAGACAUCUCUCAGCCAAGAGGAAUUGCUGUUCAUCCAAUGGCUAAGAGAUUAUUCUGGACCGACCUGGGGACCAAUCCACGAAUUGAAAGUUCUUCCCUGCAAGGUUUUGACCGUUUGGUUAUAGCUAAUACUGAUCUCAUCCGGCCCAGUGGAAUAGCCAUCGACUACUUAACUGACAAGGUGUAUUGGUGUGAUGCCGAGAAGUCCGUUGUCGAAACAGCCAACCUGGAUGGCUCUAAACGGCGAAUACUUGCCCAGAAUGAUGUAGGUCAACCCUUCGGUUUAGCCGUAUUUGAGGAUCAAGUUUGGUUCUCUGACUGGGCUAGGCCUUCGAUAGUAAGGGUGAACAAGAGGACGGGAGAAAAUAAGGUUCGCCUUCGAGGCGGCAUGCUGAGACCUUCUUCGGUGGUCGUAGUUCACCCUUUGGCGAAACCGGGGGCAAAUCCCUGCCUUUAUAAAAAUGGAGGCUGUGAGCAGAUCUGCGAGGAGAGAUUUGGAAUUGCACGAUGCUCGUGCCAUGAAGGCUUUCUGAAAACUCUAGGUGGUAAAACGUGUCAACCUCAAAAUAACCAUGAAACAACUUCAGGUGAGAGAGAACUAAAUAAUAUCUCCUCAAUAUCAAAAACACCGUAUAGCAAAAUUUACGAAGAAAAUUCUGGAAGAGAGCGGCCAACAAAACCCCUGUUACUGGCAGAAAUCACCAUUUUAGAUCAAGAUGUGGAGGGAUGUGACAUCAAUGCUCAAGCCAUUUCAGACGUGAACGAUACCCAGUGUCGGUGUCUGAAAGGAUUUACCGGGAAUGGAACGUUGUGCUAUGAUGUUGAUGAAUGUGAAACAAAUGUCACCCUUUGUCAUCCAAAUUCAUCAGAAUGUAUCAAUACCGAAGGAGGUUAUGUCUGCAGUUGCCUAAGAGGCUUCACCGGAGACGGAUUGAAUUGUCAUGGCACUAAGACUCCAGGGUCUCCAACUGUUCUGCUUCCAGGAAAGCCUCUCUCCGUGUCUCAUGGAGAAGGCAGGACUCAGGAUAAGAGAGUAGAAUCGACUAUACUUAGCACAAGUGAUGAUGUGACCUCUUCUUUCCGCGAUGAUUUCGGAGAUUGCCCACCAUCCUAUGACUCAUACUGCCUCAACGGUGGAAGCUGUGUUUAUGUUUUAAAGAUAGGAAACUUUGCAUGCAACUGUCAGCUGGGCUUCAUGGGAGAGCGUUGCCAGUUCAUUGACUUGGAAUGGUGGGAUUUGCGGCACAUGAGGCAGCUAAAGCAGCAGAACAUCGCUGUGGUCGUCUGCUUGGUCGUCCCCAUCUUACUUCUUCUCCUCGGAUCGCUGGCGGUUCACAUUUACAGAACUCAGAAGCUUUCUGUGAAGAAUCCUUAUGACGAGACUGUUGGUGGGAGCAACAGCAACAGAGCGACUAAAGACACGAUGGCACCUUCCAGCCACACGCCUGGGGAUGUUGUGGUAAUGGAACGGAAAGAUCAAAGGGACUCACCUGGAGCUGGCGCCCUCCAAGACUGUCAAACAGCAUCUGUUCGGCCUCCAUUUUCUCCUGAACCCGAGUCUGUGCUGCUGGAAACAGGUGACAGAGAAACCCAGAAGGUAGAAGACCCAGGAAAAGAGCGAGGCUCCGGGAACCGGCUGCCCGAUGACAAAGACCCAAUUCAGAGAGGAACAGAGGAGAUUCCUUCGAGAGACAGCCCUAGCUCCUGGCUGGGCAGGGAUGCUCAUUUUCUUGGCAACCUUUAGACUGCUCUGGAGCCUCUGAAUCAAAUAGGAUACACGCAGAGGGGAACUGAUGUCCAAACCGGGCAAAAAGGAAAAAAAAAAAAAGCAAGAAUUCUUUACAACCCAAGAAGCAUUUCAUCUGGAAGAGUGAAGGAAAAAUAAAGGUCUUGGCUUGUUCUUUCA